AUGUCUUUGCUGUGUGGCCUUGGGCAAGUCACUCUCCGUCUCUGGGCUCCACCUCCUCCCCAUUCCCAAAACAGGAUUUCAUUCCUAGCAGACCGGGCAUUCCUGAGGAGCGGCGGCAUGGAGGCUCUCACCACUCAGCUGGGGCCGGGGCGCGAGGGUAGCUCCUCGCCCAACUCGAAGCAGGAGCUGCAGCCUUACUCGGGCUCCAGCGCUCUCAAACCCAACCAGGUGGGCGAGACCUCGCUGUACGGAGUGCCUAUCGUGUCUCUGGUCAUCGACGGCCAGGAGCGCCUGUGCCUGGCGCAGAUCUCCAACACCCUCCUCAAGAACUACAGCUACAAUGAGAUUCACAACCGCCGCGUGGCCCUGGGCAUCACGUGCGUUCAGUGCACGCCGGUGCAGCUGGAGAUUCUGCGCCGGGCCGGGGCCAUGCCCAUCUCCUCGCGCCGCUGCGGCAUGAUCACCAAGCGGGAGGCCGAGCGCCUGUGCAAGUCGUUCCUGGGCGAGCACAAGCCGCCCAAGCUGCCCGAGAACUUCGCCUUCGAUGUGGUGCACGAGUGCGCGUGGGGCUCGCGUGGCAGCUUCAUCCCCGCGCGUUACAACAGCUCGCGUGCCAAGUGCAUCAAGUGCGGCUACUGCAGCAUGUACUUCUCGCCUAACAAGUUCAUUUUCCACUCGCACCGCACACCCGACGCCAAGUAUACUCAGCCCGACGCCGCCAACUUCAACUCCUGGCGCCGUCACCUUAAACUCAGUGACAAGUCGGCCACAGACGAACUGAGCCACGCUUGGGAGGACGUCAAGGCCAUGUUCAAUGGCGGCACCCGGAAGCGGACCUUCUCGCUGCAAGGAGGCGGCGGCGGCGGUGCUAGUGGAGGGUCGGGCGGGCAGGGGAAAGGCGGCGCUGGCGGCGGCGGGGGAGGCCCGGGGUGUGGCUCGGAGAUGGCCCCAGGCCCGCCGCCCCACAAAAGCCUGCGUUGUGGGGAGGAUGAGGCCGCCGGACCUCCCGGGCCACCGCCUCCCCACCCGCAGCGGGGACUGGGUCUGACGGCGGGAGCCAGCGGCCCUGCGGGGCCUGGAGGGCCCGGUGGAGGCGCGGGCGUUCGCAGCUACCCGGUGAUCCCAGUGCCCAGCAAGGGCUUUGGCCUCUUGCAGAAGCUGCCCCCGCCCCUUUUCCCUCACCCCUACGGCUUCCCCACGGCCUUCGGCCUCUGCCCCAAAAAGGAUGACCCUGUGCUAGGGGCGGGCGAACCUAAGGGCGGCCCGGGCGCCGGGAACGGCGGGGGCGCGGGCACUGGCGGAGGCGCGGGCGGCCCCGGCACCGGCCACCUGCCCCCGGGGGCCGGGGCCGGCCCGGGUGGCGGCGCCAUGUUCUGGGGUCACCAGCCCUCUGGGGCAGCCAAGGACGCGGCCGUGGUGUACCCGACGUUUCCCAUGUUCUGGCCGGCGGCAGGCAGCCUCCCGGUGCCGCCCUACCCCGCUGCGCAGAGCCAAGCGAAGGCUGUGGCGGCCGCGGUGGCGGCGGCGGCGGCGGCAGCGGCGGCGGCGGCGGCGGGCGGCGGCGGCGGCCCCGAGCCUCUGGACGGCGCCGAGCCAGCCAAGGAGGGCGGCCUGGGCGCCGAGGAGCGCUGCCCCAGCGCGCUGUCCCGCGGGCCGCUGGACGAGGACGGCGCGGACGAGGUGCUGCCGCCGCCGCUGGCCCCGCUGCCGCCGCCGCCGCCGCCGCCCGCGCGCAAAGGCUCCUACGUGUCGGCCUUCCGGCCGGUGGUCAAGGACGCCGAGAGCAUCGCCAAGCUCUACGGCAGCGCCCGCGACGCCUACGGCGCGGGGCCCGCCCGGGGGCCAGGGCCGAGCGCGGGGCCCGGUGGCGGCUACGUGAGCCCGGACUUUCUGAGCGAGGGCAGCUCCAGCUACCACUCCGCCUCGCCCGACGUGGACACUGCCGACGAGCCUGAGGUGGACGUGGAGUCCAACCGAUUCCCCGACGACGAGGGCGCGCCGGAGGAGACCGAGCCCGGCGCGCCCGGCGCAGGAGGCGGCCCAGACGGAGAACAGCUCGCUGGGCCCCCAUCUACCACCUCCUCGGGCGCCGAAGGUCCUACAGACUCUCCGGACGGCGGUAGCCCUUGCCCCCGGCGCCGCCCGGGGCUGCCCCCAGCCAGCCGGUCCGUAUUUGGGGAACUGGCGGCCGACGACGCGGUGCGGAGACCGGAGAGGAGCCCGCCGAGCGGGGGCUAUGAGCUGCGAGAGCCUUGCGGGCCGCUGGGGGGCCCCUCGCCGGCCAAGGUGUACGCGCCCGAGCGGGACCAGCACGUGAAGAGCGCGGCGGCGGCGGCGCUGGGGCCCGCGGCCUCCUACCUCUGCACCCCCGAGGCCCACGAGCCAGAUAAGGAAGACAAUCACUCGACCGCCGACGAUUUGGAAACGAGGAAAUCCUAUCCAGACCAAAGGAGUAUCUCCCAGCCAAGUCCUGCAAAUACAGACCGAGGCGAAGAUGGGCUCACCCUGGAGGUCACUGCAACUCAGCUGGUGGAGAAAGAUAUCGAGAACCUGGCCAGAGACGAGCUGCAAAAGCUGCUCCUGGAGCAAAUGGAGCUCCGCAAGAAGCUGGAGCGAGAAUUUCAGAGUCUCAAAGAUAAUUUUCAGGAUCAAAUGAAGAGGGAAUUGGCUUAUCGAGAAGAAAUGGUGCAACAGCUGCAAAUUGUCAGAGACACUCUGUGUAACGAACUCGACCAAGAGCGGAAGGCGCGCUAUGCCAUUCAGCAGAAGUUAAAAGAAGCCCACGACGCCCUGCACCACUUCUCCUGCAAGAUGCUGACUCCCCGCCACUGCACCGGCAACUGCUCCUUCAAGCCCCCGCUGCUGCCCUAG